AUGAACCAGCAAACAAGGCGCCUCUCCAAAAUGCCAGAAGAGGUGAGGGAUGAGAUCUCACCCUGGUUCAUAGAUAACCAAGCAAUCAAGGAAGAUUCUUCCGAGAAAAUCAUUAAGUUGGAAAGUAAAGCAAAAUAUAUGAACUCCAAUUUGAAGCCCAAGAGAAGCGAUUUGGAUAUGAACCAACAUGUAAACAAUGUGAAGUACCUAAGAUGGAUGCUUGAGACCAUCCUAGAUGAGAUUUUGGAGUCUCACCAACUAUGCAGUAUCAUACUAGAAUAUAGAAGAGAGUGCGGGAGUUCUGACAUAGUUCAAUCACUUUGCCAUCCAGACGAAGAUGGAAUUCUGAAAGAUGGAUUGAAACAAAACAAUGAUAUUAGUCUGCUCAAUGGGUUUUCACUUGUAUCAGAAAUUCUUGAAGGUGGUGGACUCCUGGGCUCCUAUGAAAAGGCACCAUUAAGGUAUACACACCUUCUGCAAACUCAAGGUGAGAGAGGAAGUAAAGAGAUUGUCAGAGGUAGAACCACAUGGAAGAGAAAGAUGUCCAGUACCAUGCCUUUCUCCACUUAG